AUGCAGAGUUACUUCUGGGAUUUGUUGCGUGGUAAAAGCAGUGAGGAUUCCAAUAAUUUCACUGAGGCCCACAUGGGUGAGGAAAAUAACUUUUACUACAAUGAGGAGUUGAAAACUUGGGUGGUCCGAGGUGAGGAGGAACAGGUGGCAAGGGCGGCACGUGAAGCACCUCCGCCUCCGCGACUAUCUGAAAAUGGUUCAAUCACAAGUGAUGUUCCAAUUGCAAGCACAACGGCACGCAGCCUCCUCACGUCUGACCAGUUGUACACUAAGAUACCAGGGAUAGAGGUAGCUGAGUCGACAACAAAACCCCAUGCAGACCCAUUAAUCCCUUUGAGUGCUAAAUCGCAAUUCAUUCCGGAUAGAGCAAACGAUGACAACAACUAUGAUUUUAUUAAUUAA